AUGUUGAUAAGGUGUCGUGCGGCACUAGGUGCCGUUGUGCUGCUUCUAGCUGUGUCUCUUACGAAAUCCGAGGGAAACCUCUUCACGUGUCCUAAUGGCUGGGAACUAAAGGGGCUUAAUUGUUACAAAUUUUUCAAUAUCAGACAUUCUUGGGAAAAAGCAGCUGAAUUAUGUCGAAGGUAUGGAAGCGAACUGAUGGUGAUAGAUAGUUAUACAGAAAAUAACAUGACUGCAAAUAUGGUGCCACCCAGCCCGAGCAAUAGUAAUUAUUGGCUGGGACUCGCGAGUGUUGACGAUUUGAGAACGAAUACUUUAGAGUCCGCAGCUGGAGCCUUAGUCUCUCAGUACGCUGGUUAUUGGGACCUUAAACAGCCUAAUCCUAAAAACGGAGAAUGCGUCGAUGUCCACGUUACAAGCGAAACACAAUCCUGGGAAUUGACAACAUGCGAAACCCUUCUGCCUUUUAUGUGUAAGGCAAACGCAUGCCCCGCAGGAACCUUCCAUUGUUCAAACGGAAGAUGUAUCAAUGCAGCCUUCAAAUGUGACAAGCAAGACGAUUGUGGCGACGGAUCGGAUGAAAUGGAUUGUGCUGGCGACUGUCAUUUUUAUAUGGCCAGCAGUGGAGAUGUUGUAGAAAGUCCUAACUAUCCUCAUAAAUAUCUUCCCUUCAGCGACUGUAAAUGGACACUUGAAGGACCUCAAGGACAAAAUAUAGUUUUACAGUUCCAAGAUUUUGAAACUGAAAAGUCUUUCGAUACUGUUCAAAUCUUAGUUGGUGGUCGAACCGAAGAUAAAUCUGUGAACCUAGCAACUUUAUCAGGAAAACAAGAUUUAUCUAGCAAACUUUAUGUAUCUGCUUCUAAUUUUAUGAUAAUUAAAUUUACUUCUGACGGAUCCGUAGAACGUAAAGGUUUCCGUGCAUCAUGGAAAACUGAAUCCUCAAACUGUGGCGGGAUUUUAAGAGCAACACCUCAGGGCCAAGUACUAAAUUCUCCUGGUUACCCAAAUAGUUAUCCUGGAGGAUUAGAAUGUAUGUACAUUAUUGAAGCGCAACCAGGCAGAAUUGUUUCAUUAGAAAUAGAGGAUUUAGAUUUGGAAAUGAACAGGGAUUAUAUAGUAAUUAAGGAUGGAAACACACCAUCAAGUCCUGUUUUAGCGAGAUUAACUGGUGCUGGUGAAGAUAACGAAAAGGUGGUUAUAUCCACUACUAAUCACUUAUACAUGUACUUCCGAACAAGCCUUGGUGAUUCUAAGAAAGGAUUCAAUAUGAGAUAUUCGCAAGGAUGUAGAGCAACCAUAAUAGCAGCUAACGGAACAUUUAACUCUCCAGCAUUUGGUCUGAGUAAUUAUCCUAAUAAUCAGGAAUGUUUAUAUCGUCUUAAAAAUCCAAACGGUGGUCCUCUUUCUUUGAAGUUUGAUGAAUUCAGCAUACAUCCCUCCGAUAUAGUACAAGUAUUUGACGGGGCUAGUACAGGUGGUCUUCGUUUACAUUCAGAUAAUGGAUUCACAGUAAAGCCAAGAAUAACUUUAACUGCCUCGAGUGGUGAAAUGUUAAUAAGAUUUAUAUCCGACGCAGUCCAUAAUGGUGUUGGUUGGAAAGCGACAUUUUCUGCAGAUUGCCCACCUCUUAAACCCGGAAUAGGCGCAUUGGCAUCUAAUAGAGAUACAGCUUUUGGAACUACUAUAACAUUUUCGUGUCCAAUUGGCCAGGAAUUUGCAACUGGUAAAACAAGAAUUACUACCAAAUGUUUAGACGGUGGUAAAUGGUCCACAACGUACAUUCCCAGUUGUCAAGAGGUUUACUGCGGUCCAGUACCCCAAAUCGAUAACGGUUUCUCUAUUGGUUCAACUAACGUAACAUAUCGCGGUGUUGCUACAUAUCAAUGUUACGCCGGAUUUGCUUUCCCAACUGGACAACCUAUCGAAAGAAUUUCAUGCUUAUCGGAUGGGCGAUGGGAAAGGACACCAACCUGUCUUGCUUCUCAAUGUGUGGCAUUGCCUGACGUUCCACAUGCUAAUGUUACUAUUCUAAAUGGAGGUGGUCGUAGCUAUGGUACAAUUGUAAGGUAUGAAUGCGAACCUGGAUAUGUUCGUUCUGGUCAACCAGUACUUCUAUGCAUGAGCAACGGAACAUGGUCAGGAGAUGUACCUACAUGUUCAAAAGCCAUCUGUCCCAAAUUCCCGGAAAUAACUAAUGGAUAUAUUGUUGACCAAACUAGAGUAUACAUGUUUGGUGACGAAGCACGAGUACAAUGUAACAAAGGAUAUAAACUAAACGGACCAAGUAUUAUCAAAUGUGGUCCUAACCAGCAAUUUGACGCUAUUCCAAAAUGUGAGGAUAUUAAUGAAUGUGUUAAUAGCCAGUGUGAUUCCAUAUCAACGGAAUGUAAAAACACUCAGGGUGGAUUUUAUUGCCCUUGUCGACCUGGUUUCACACCAAAUUUAGACUGCAGACCAGUAGGCGACUUAGGUUUAAUAAAUGGUGCUAUUCCUGAUGAAUCAAUUACAACUUCUGCACCAGAACCUGGAUAUAACGUUGGGAUGGUGCGCCUUAACAACGGAGGAGGAUGGUGUGGAAAUAAUUUGGAAGCCGGAGCGAACUGGAUUCUUGUAGAUUUAAGAGCACCAACAAUCGUAAGAGGUUUCAGAACAAUGAGCGUAAUGAGAGCUGACGCAAAUAUCGCCUUUACAUCUGCUAUAAGAAUACAAUAUACAAAUGAUUUGACUGACGUUUUUAAAGACUACACUAACCCUGAUGGAACAGCUGUUGAAUUUCGUAUUCUAGAACCUACUUUAUCAGUACUGAAUCUGCCAAUGCCUAUUGAAGCGCGUUAUGUUAAGUUCAAGAUUCAAGAUUAUGUGGGAGCACCCUGUCUCAAAUUGGAAAUUAUGGGUUGUGCUAGAUUUGACUGCACAGAUAUUAAUGAAUGUGCUGAAAACAAUGGUGGAUGUGACCAAAAAUGUAUCAACACAGCCGGAAACUUCUCAUGUGCUUGUAACAUUGGCUACGAACUAUACUCAUCUAACGGUACAGCUGGCUUUGCCAUUGAACUUUCCGAAACUGGUGAACGAGACGGAGAUACCUAUCAAAGAAAUAAGUCCUGUGUGCCUGUCAUGUGUCCAUCUCUAUCCUCUCCUGAAAACGGUCUUCUAUUGUCAACUAAGAGUUCUUAUCAUUUUGGUGACAUAAUUGAAUUCCAAUGUGAUUUCGGAUAUGUAAUGUCUGGUUUCUCUUCUCUUCUGUGUACUUCAAGUGGAACAUGGAACGGUACAGCUCCGGAAUGUCAAUACGCUCGCUGUGUUACCUUGUCUGAUGAUAAAAAUGAUGGUUUAAAAGUGAUAAGAGACGAUCCUGAAAGUGUUUUGGUACCAUACAGAGAUAAUGUCACGAUUACCUGCACCUCACCUGGCCGAGAAUUACGCAAUACAGUCACAUCUCCGUUUAGACAAUGUGUUUACGAUCCAAAACCGGGUCUCCCAGACUACUGGCUCUCAGGAGCACAACCUCAAUGCCCUCGUAAAGACUGUGGGAUCCCAAUGCCGACACCUGGUGCUGAAUAUGGUCAAUAUUUAGAUACGAAAUACCAGAGUUCGUUCUUUUUCGGGUGUCAAAAUACUUUUAAGCUUGCUGGUCAAACAAGCAAACAUGAUAACGUUGUUAGAUGUCAAGCAAAUGGUAUUUGGGACUUUGGAGAUUUAAGGUGUGAAGGACCAGUGUGUGCGGAUCCUGGCCGACCAGCAGAUGGUUAUCAAAUCGCCAGAAGCUAUGAACAAGGAUCAGAGGUUCUUUUUGGAUGUUCCAGACCUGGUUACAUUUUAAUAAAUCCCAGGCCUAUCACUUGCAUGCGUGAACCAGAAUGUAAAGUAAUUAAGCCUCUUGGUUUAGCAUCAGGGAGAAUACCUGAUUCGGCUAUUAAUGCUACUUCAGAAAGACCUAACUAUGAAGCGAAAAAUAUAAGAUUAAACUCCGUCACCGGUUGGUGUGGUAAACAAGAAGCUUUCACUUAUGUCAGUGUUGAUUUGGGAAAAGUAUAUCGAGUUAAAGCUAUUUUAGUAAAAGGUGUUGUUACUUCAGACAUUGUGGGCCGUCCUACUGAAAUCAGAUUUUUCUAUAAACAAGCAGAGACAGAUAAUUAUGUAGUGUACUUCCCUAACUUUAAUUUGACGAUGAGAGAUCCAGGCAACUAUGGAGAAUUAGCUAUGAUUACUUUACCAAAAUAUGUGUCAGCAAGAUUUGUUAUUUUAGGAAUAGUUAGUUUUAUGGACAAUGCUUGUCUUAAAUUUGAACUUAUGGGUUGUGACGAACCUUCUGUUGAACCUUUAUUAGGUUAUGACUAUGGUUACUCACCUUGUGUAGAUAAUGAGCCACCAGUGUUCCAAAAUUGUCCUCAGCAUCCAAUAGUUGUACAAACGGAUGUAAACGGUGGCCUUUUACCCGUUAAUUUCACUGAACCUACUGCUACUGACAAUUCUGGGGCUAUUGCGAGAUUAGAAGUAACUCCACAACAUUUCAGGACACCUAUACAAGUAUUUCAUAACAUGGUAGUACGAUAUGUAGCGUUUGAUUUUGAUGGAAAUGUUGCCAUUUGUGAAGUGAAUAUUACUGUGCCUGAUUACACACCACCAAAACUAAGUUGCCCACAAAGCUAUGUCAUAGAAUUGGUUGACAAGCAAGAUAGUUACGCUGUUAAUUUCAAUGACACGAGGAGAAGAAUAAAUGCAACCGAUGCUUCUGGUGAGGUUACCUUAAAGUUUAUUCCGGAAAGAGCUGUUAUACCCAUACGAGGUUAUGAAAAUGUUACUGUCAUAGCUUCCGACAAAUACGGAAACAAAGCCCAAUGUUACUUCCAAGUGUCCGUGCAAGCUACUCCUUGCGUAGAUUGGGAAUUAAUGCCACCAGCACAUGGGGCCCUGAAUUGUUUACCUGGUGACAGAGGAAUUCAAUGCAUCGCCACCUGCAGUCCUGGGUAUAGAUUUACAGAUGGAGAACCUGUUAAAACAUUUGUAUGCGAAACCAAACGGCAAUGGGUCCCAACUGCGGUAGUACCUGAUUGCGUUUCUGAAAAUACUCAACAAGCUGCUUAUCAUGUUGUUGCAAGUGUACAGUACCGGGCUCUAGGUGCAGUUUCAAACGCUUGCUUACCGCAAUACAAAGAUCUACUUGCCCAAUAUGAUAAUGUUUUAAAUGAACGUCUAUCUCAACGCUGUUCUGCCGUGAACGUGAACAUAAACGUAACCUUCGUAAAAGCAAUGCCAAGUCUUCUAGAUGAAAAUGUAGUAAAAAUGGACUUUGUCUUAGCUGUAACCCCUGCCAUAAGACAAACCCAACUAUACGACCUUUGCGGAUCUACACUGAAUCUCAUUUUCGACUUAUCUGUACCCUAUGCUAGUGCGUUGAUUGAACCAGUUCUAAACGUUUCUUCAAUCGGAAAUCAAUGUCCGCCUCUAAGAGCCAUUAGAAGUUCCAUUUCCAGAGGUUUUACUUGCAGCGUUGGUGAAGUUCUUAAUAUGGAUACAAAUGAUGUACCUAGAUGUCUCCAUUGCCCGGCCGGAACCUUUGCUGGAGAAAAACAAAAAAGCUGUACGAUGUGUCCACGUGGCUACUUCCAAAAUCAAGCUCGUCAAGGAGCGUGCUUAAAAUGUCCUCACGGUACUUUUACGAGAGAAGAAGGUUCAAAAGAAUUGACCGAUUGUAUACCUGUAUGUGGUUAUGGAACUUAUUCGCCUACUGGUUUAGUGCCAUGUUUGGAAUGCCCUCGUAACAGUUACACUGGGGAACCGCCUUUGGGAGGAUUUAAAGACUGUCAAGCUUGCCCAGUCAAUACUUUCACAUAUCAACCAGCUGCAUCUGGUAAAGAUAAGUGCAGAGCCAAAUGUGCACCCGGAACUUAUUCACCAACUGGGCUAGCACCUUGCUCACAGUGCCCUAGAAACUUCUAUCAAAAUUCAAUUGGCCAGACUUUGUGUAUGGAAUGCCCUACCAAUAUGAAGACAGUUAGUACAGGUGCUACAGGACUCGAAGAAUGUUUACCUGUUGAAUGUUCGAACAGUGCUUGUCAACAUGGCGGACUUUGUGUACCGAAAGGACAUGGUGUUCAAUGUUAUUGUCCCGCCGGUUUUUCUGGUCGAAGAUGUGAAAUUGAUAUAGAUGAGUGUGAAAGUCAACCUUGUUAUAAUGGCGGUACCUGUAUUGACUUACCUCAAGGAUACAGAUGUUCCUGUCCCACAGGAUAUGGUGGUAUAAACUGCCAAGAAGAAAAAUCUGACUGUAGAAAUGACACAUGUCCCGAACGAGCAAUGUGUAAGGAUGAACCAGGCUACAAUAAUUAUACGUGUCUUUGUCGAUCUGGCUACACUGGAAUUGAUUGUGACAUAACAAUCGAUCCUUGCUCCGCUAAUGGCAAUCCUUGUAAGAAUGGUGCCUCAUGUACUGCUCUUCAGCAAGGAAGAUAUAAAUGUGAAUGUCUACCAGGAUGGGAAGGCCAACUUUGCGAGAUCAAUACGGAUGACUGCAUUGAAAAACCCUGUCUGCUUGGAGCCCCAUGUACAGAUUUAGUUAAUGACUUUAGCUGCUCUUGUCCACCAGGAUUUACAGGAAAACGCUGUCAUGAAAAGAUUGACUUAUGUUCUAACGAACCGUGUAAGCAUGGUAUUUGUGUGGAUAAAUUAUUUGUGCAUCAAUGUGUUUGUGACCCAGGUUGGUCUGGACCAUCCUGUGAUAUUAACAUAAAUGAGUGUGUAAUUUCACCCUGUGAAAAUGGUGGCCGUUGCAUUGAUAGUAUCGAUGAUUUUACCUGUAGUUGUGAAGCUGGUUAUACAGGCAAACGGUGUCAACACACCAUUGACGAUUGUGCGUCAGACCCUUGUCAGAAUGGCGCAACAUGUAUCGAUCAAAUAGAUGGAUUCACGUGCAAAUGUCGUCCCGGAUAUAUAGGGCUUCAAUGCGAGACAACUAUCGAUGAAUGCCUUAACGAGCCAUGUAAUCCAGCAGGCACUGAGAGAUGUGUUGAUUUAGAUAACAAAUAUCAGUGUGUAUGUCGAAAUGGAUUCUCUGGAGAAAUGUGUCAGACAAAUAUAGACGAUUGUGCAUCUGAUCCAUGUUUCAAUGGUGGAUCUUGCAAAGACGAAAUAGGAGGCUAUAAAUGUGCGUGUCAACCCGGUUGGACUGGAAAACGUUGUGAACAUGAUAUUGGAAACUGCAUGAAUUUGCCUUGUCAAAAUAAUGCCAAAUGUAUCGACCUAUUCCAAGACUACUUUUGUGUAUGUCCUAGUGGAACGGAUGGCAAGCAAUGUGAAACAGCCCCUGAGAGAUGUAUCGGUAGUCCAUGCAUGCACGGUGGCAAAUGUCAAGAUUUUGGUUCUGGUCUCAAUUGUACUUGCUCUAUCGACUACACUGGUAUUGGCUGUCAAUAUGAAUUUGAUGCCUGCGAUGCUGGACUGUGUCAAAAUGGAGCAACUUGUAUUGAUGAAGGAGAAGGAUAUUCUUGCAACUGUGCUCCAGGUUUUACAGGAAAGAAUUGCAAUGAAGAUAUUAUCGAUUGCAAAGAUAACUCUUGUCCACCUUCAGCAACAUGUAUCGAUUUACCAGGCAGAUUCUAUUGCCAAUGUCCCUUCAAUAUGACUGGUGAUGAUUGCAGAAAAGCAAUCAGUGUGGAUUAUGACCUCUACUUUAGUGAUCCAUUGAGGUCCAGUGCAGCGCAAGUAGUACCAUUCGCAACAAAUUCUGCUAAAAGUCUAACUAUUGCUAUGUGGGUACAGUAUACCCAACAAGACGAAGGAGGUAUAUUCUUUACGGCUUACGGUGUCAGUAAUUCUUAUCUCGCAUUAAAUAGAAGAACUAUCAUCCAAGCUCAUUCAAGCGGCGUACAAGUUUCUCUCUUCCCUGAACUUCAAGACGUUUACUUAAGUUUCGGAGAGUUUGCGACUGUUAACGACGGACAGUGGCACCAUGUUGCACUUGUAUGGGAUGGAAACAAUGGUGGUGAAUUGACUCUUAUUACAGAAGGUUUGAUUGCCAGCAAAUUAUCAGGAUAUGGCAGCGGAAAAACUCUGCCUCCCUACGUGUGGGUAACACUAGGAAAACCACAAUCCGACAAUCCAAAGGCUUACACCGAGUCAGGCUUCCAAGGACAUCUUACAAAAGUGCAAAUAUGGAACCGUGCUCUAGAUGUAACAAAUGAAAUACAAAAACAAGUACGAGACUGCCGAACUGAGCCUGUAUUAUUCAGUGGCUUAGUUUUAACCUGGACUGGGUACGAAGACACCAUUGGUGGUGUGGAAAGAAUUGUUCCUUCUCACUGUGGCCAGAGAGUUUGCCCGAAUGGUUACGGAGGACCUAAAUGUCAAAAACUUCAAGUAGAUAAAGAACCACCAAGAAUUGAACGCUGCCCUGGUGAUUUAUGGGUGAUUGCUAAAAAUGGUUCAUCAAUAGUAAGCUGGGAUAUGCCCAUGUUUAGCGACAAUGUGGGAGUGUCAAAAAUAGUAGAAAAAUCUGGACAUAAACCUGGUCAAAAUUUGGCUUGGGGAGCUUACGAUAUUGCGUAUAUAGCUUAUGACAAUGCAGGAAAUGCUGCUACGUGUACCUUCAAAGUGACCGUCUUGUCUGAAUUCUGUCCUCCAUUACCUGAUCCUCUUGGUGGAUAUCAAUCAUGCCGAGAUUGGGGUGCAGGUGGUCAAUUCAAGGUUUGCGAAAUUGCUUGCCGCGAUGGGUUAAGGUUUUCACAAUUGGUGCCUCCAUUCUAUACUUGUGGAGCUGAAGGAUUCUGGAGACCAACGAAUGAUCCGACUUUACCUCUUAUUUAUCCCGCUUGCUCUCCGGCUUCACCAGCACAACGUGUUUUCAAAAUAUCAAUGUUGUUCCCAAGUUCGGUUCUUUGUAAUGACGCUGGCCAAGCAGUCCUCCGUCAGAAAGUUCGUAGUGCAAUAAAUCAACUAAACAGAGAUUGGAACUUCUGCUCUUAUGCCGUCGAUGGUACACGGGAGUGCAAAGAAUUGGACAUUAAUGUAAAAUGCGAUCACCGUGGCAACACCCGACAAACGAGACAAGUUUCGUCACCGCCAUCUGUUUCCUCCAAAGACACAUAUGUUCUUGAUGCGAUUAUACCUGUAGAAGAGACACGAAGCAAUAGAGAAGGCCGUCAAGCUGGAGACACAUACAGCAUCGAGAUCUCUUUCCCUGCUGUAAACGACCCCGUAAUCAAUGGUGGAAAUAACGAACGAUCAAGUGUGAAACGAUUACUGGAGAAACUAAUUCUUGAAGACGAACAGUUUGAUGUACGAAAUAUACUGCCAAAUACCGUCCCUGACCCUGCAAGCCUUAAAUUGGACUCGGACUACGCUUGUCCCAUGGGACAAGUUGUCAUGGCUCCAGAUUGUGUUUCUUGUGCUGUGGGAACUUACUUGGACACCGCAAGCGACUCCUGCAAACCUUGUCCUGCUGGCACAUACCAAUCUGAAUCUGGACAGUUACAAUGUACAUCAUGUCCAACGAUAGCUGGACAACCUGGCGUUACCCAAGCUACUGGUGCCAGAAGCGCUGGGGACUGUAAAGAGAGAUGUGCUGCUGGUAAAUAUUACGAUGCUGAGGCGGAACUUUGCCGGCCAUGCGGUCACGGGUCCUACCAACCAAAAGAAGGAGCGUUCACUUGCAUCUCCUGCCCGAGAGGACAAACAACUCGCGCUACUGAAGCUGUGUCGGCAGCAGAAUGUAGAGAUGAUUGUCCUUCAGGGGAACAGCUUAGCAGUGACGGUGGUUGCGAGCCGUGUCCUCGUGGUACAUGGAGAUCCAACGGUUCUGGUGCCUCAUGUGCUCCGUGCCCACCUGGAACCACCACCCCACAGACAGGCGCUGCCUCGCCAGACCAAUGCUCGCUGCCAGUCUGUAAACCUGGUUCUUACCUGAACAGUACUCUUAACUCAUGCAUACAAUGCAAGAAGGGAACCUACCAGCCAGAAACUCAACAAACCCUCUGCAUCCCUUGUCCGAUUAACACCAGCACCAAAGAACCUGGAGCGUCAUCUGAAUCUGAAUGCACGAAUCCUUGCGAGAUGAGUGCUGAGAUGCACUGCGAUGUUAACGCACACUGCCUCCACCUACCGGAGACUGGAGAAUUUAAAUGUCAAUGCAGAUCAGGAUUCAAUGGAACCGGCAAAGUUUGUGUUGAUGUUUGCAUUGACUUCUGCGACAAUGGCGGUGAAUGCGUGAAGGAUGUUCGAGGUGAACCUUCCUGCCGAUGCAGUGGUUCUUUCACUGGACGUCAUUGUCGCGAGAAGAGCGAAUUCGCCUACAUCGCUAGCGGAGUCGCUGGAGGCGUUAUAUUUAUCAUAUUCCUUGUACUGCUUGUCUGGAUGAUAUGCGCCAGAUCGACAAAGAAGAGGGAACCAAAGAAGACCUUAACACCAGCUAUAGACCAAAACGGAUCACAAGUUAACUUCUACUACGGAGCGCACACACCAUACGCGGAAUCCAUAGCACCUUCUCAUCAUUCCACUUACGCACAUUACUAUGAUGACGAGGAAGACGGCUGGGAAAUGCCAAAUUUUUAUAACGAGACCUACAUGAAAGAAAGUCUCCACAAUGGUAUGAACGGAAAAAUGAACAGCUUAGCGCGGUCAAACGCUAGCAUUUACGGAACUAAAGAGGAUUUAUAUGACAGAUUAAAAAGACACGCGUACCCUGGUAAGAAAGAUAAGAGUGACAGCGACAGCGAGGGUCAAUAA